CUUUACCCACAUCCCCUUGGAACCGCGCAUUUGCCAUGCCUACCGAAUUCGAGCUCCGUAAGCGGAACAGCCAAUUCGCGGAGAAGGCCCGCGCUGGCAAGAACCCCAUCAAGCCGUCGCGCCAGGACCGGCUCUCAAAACGCAGCCCAGUGAGCAUCUGGGCCCUUGGUAUCAUCCUGUUCGUCGUAUUGGGAGGAGUCAUCUUCGAGCUCCUCCGUCUAUUCUUCCUGUGAUCGCUUGGCAGGAGAAGACGCGCUUCGGAACGAGGGAUCCUCGUUGUAUAACAGACAUGCUUGGUUGUAACUUAUGCUUCACACCUGCCACUAGUCAGAUCACC